ACUUUCUACUACCAUUGCAUUUAUUUUCAAAGUUCUUCAUUCUGUUUACUUCAUUACUCUUUCAAUCUAAACCAAUUUCUCAUUUUUCUUAUCUUUUCAACUCUUUUUUUUCUCAAAAAAUGGCUGAUCCCUUUCUUGGAGUUGUGUUUGAGAAUUUGAUAUCUCUGCUUCAAAAUGAAUUUUCUACUAUUUCUGGAAUCAAGUCAAAGGCUGAAAACCUAUCAACCACCUUAGUUGACAUCAAGGCUGUUCUUGAAGAUGCUGAAAAGAGACAAGUCAAAGACAACUUCAUUAAGGUAUGGCUACAAGACCUCAAAGAUGCUGUUUAUGUGCUCGAUGACAUCCUUGAUGAGUGUUCGAUCAAGUCUAGUCGACUGAGAAAAUUCACAUCUUUAAAGUUUCGCCAUAAGAUCGGUAACAGGUUGAAAGAGAUUACAGGGAGGUUGGAUCGUAUUGCUGAACGUAAGAACAAGUUUUCUCUCCAUACGGGUGUAACUCUUAGGGAAAGCCCAGAUCAAGCUGCUGAAGGGCGCCAAACCAGCUCCACCCCUCUUGAAACAAAAGUGUUAGGAAGAGACGAUGAUAAAGAAAAGAUUGUCCAGUUUCUUCUUACCCUUGCGAAGGACUCUGACUUUAUUUCUGUCUAUCCCGUUGUUGGUUUAGGUGGUAUUGGAAAAACAACUCUUGUUCAAUUGAUCUACAAUGAUGUUAGGGUGAGUCGCAAUUUUGAUAAAAAAAUUUGGGUUUGUGUUUCUGAGACUUUCUCGGUCAAAAGGAUUUUGUGUUCUAUUAUAGAAUCUAUCACAAGAGAGAAGUGUGCUGACUUUGAUUUAGAUGUAAUGGAAAGAAAGGUGCAAGGAUUGUUGCAAGGGAAAAUAUAUUUGCUGAUUUUGGAUGAUGUGUGGAAUCAAAAUGAACAAUUGGAAUUUGGGUUAACACAAGAUAGAUGGGAUCAUUUGAAAUCUGUUUUGUCGUGUGGAUCAAAAGGUAGUUCCAUUUUAGUGUCCACUCGUGAUGAGGAUGUUGCAACAAUCAUGGGAACAUGGGAAACUCACCGUUUGUCUGGUCUCUCUGAUAGUGACUGUUGGUUGUUGUUCAAACAACAUGCAUUUAGACGUUACAAAGAGCAUACAAAGUUUGUGGAAAUUGGAAAGGAGAUAGUAAAGAAAUGUAAUGGAUUGCCUCUUGCAGCAAAAGCAUUGGGGGGUUUGAUGAGCUCAAGGAAUGAAGAAAAGGAAUGGCUUGAUAUUAAAGACAGUGAGCUUUGGGCUUUACCACAAGAAAAUUCUAUUUUGCCCGCUUUGAGAUUGAGUUACUUUUAUUUAACACCAACCCUAAAGCAAUGUUUCUCUUUUUGUGCUAUAUUUCCCAAGGAUAGAGAAAUCCUAAAAGAAGAAUUGAUUCGACUUUGGAUGGCUAAUGAAUUUAUUUCAUCUAUGGGUAAUUUGGACGUUGAAGAUGUUGGAAAAAUGGUUUGGAAGGAAUUGUACCAAAAAUCAUUCUUUCAAGAUAGCAAGAUGGAUGAAUAUUUUGGAGACAUUUCUUUCAAGAUGCAUGAUCUUGUCCAUGAUCUCGCUCAAUCAGUAACGGGGAAAGAAUGUAUGUAUUUGGAGAAUGCAAACAUGACUAAUUUGACAAAAAACACACACCACAUAAGUUUUAACUCUGAAAAUUUGUUAUCAUUCGAUGAGGGUGCCUUCAAAAAAGUUGAAUCCUUACGAACAUUGUUUGACUUGGAGAAUUAUAUUCCAAAAAAACAUGAUCACUUCCCAUUAAACAGCUCUCUUCGAGUUUUAAGCACAUCCUCUCUACAAGGCCCAGUAUGGAGUUUAAUUCAUUUAAGGUAUUUGGAACUUUGUUCUCUUGAUAUAAAAAAGUUGCCUAACUCAAUUUACAACUUACAAAAACUGGAAAUCUUGAAAAUAAAAUAUUGUCGUGAACUGAGUUGUCUCCCAAAACGCUUGGUUUGCUUACAAAAUCUUAGACAUAUAGUCAUUGAAGGAUGUGGAUCUUUAUUUCGAAUGUUUCCCAACAUUGGAAAAUUAACUUGUCUAAGAACAUUAAGUGUGUACAUUGUUAGUUUAGAGAAAGGAAAUAGCUUGACAGAGUUACAUGAUCUAAACCUCGGUGGAAAACUGAGUAUCAAAGGAUUAAACAAUGUUGGUAGUUUAUCUGAAGCUGAAGCGGCUAAUUUGAAGGGUAAAAAAGACCUUCAUGAAUUAUGCUUGUCGUGGAUAUCGCAACAGGAAUCUAUAAUUAGAUCUGAGCAAUUACUCGAAGAGCUUCAACCUCACUCAAAUCUCAAGUGCUUGGAUAUAAAUUGCUAUGACGGAUUAUCGUUACCAAGUUGGAUAAUUAUUCUUAGUAAUUUAAUUUCUCUUAAACUUGGGGAUUGCAACAAAAUUGUGCGGCUUCCGUUAUUUGGUAAACUACCAUCUCUAAAAAAACUUAGAGUAUAUGGUAUGAAUAAUCUGAAAUACUUGGAUGAUGAUGAAUCUGAGGAUGGUAUGGAGGUGAGGGCUUUCCCAUCUUUGGAGGUACUCGAAUUACAUGGGUUACCAAACAUAGAGGGGUUAUUGAAAGUGGAAAGAGGGGAGAUGUUUCCUUGUCUUUCUAGUUUGGAUAUCUGGAAAUGCCCUAAACUUGGACUGCCAUGUCUUCCAUCUCUUAAAGACCUCGGUGUCGAUGGACGUAACAAUGAGUUACUGAGGUCAAUCUCUACCUUCCGUGGUCUUACUCAGCUUACCCUAAAUAGUGGUGAAGGAAUAACAUCCUUACCAGAGGAGAUGUUCAAAAACCUUACUUCUCUUCAAUCCCUGUUUGUAACUUUUUUACCACAAUUGGAGUCCUUACCAGAGCAAAACUGGGAAGGUCUUCAAUCCCUUCGAGCUCUACUGAUUUGGGGUUGUAGAGGAUUGCGAUGCUUGCCGGAGGGUAUUCGACACCUCACUUCUCUUGAGCUUCUGUCUAUCAUUGAUUGCCCAACAUUAAAGGAACGAUGCAAAGAGGGAACAGGGGAGGAUUGGGACAAGAUAGCUCAUAUUCCAAGAAUAGAGUUGAUUGAUGUUUAAGAAGCAGAGACGUUUACCCUUAUCUGCCUCAAUCACCAUCGCAAAAAUCUAUUUUACUGGCUUUUCUGUUGAGUUCUUUUGAAGGUAUCCCCCAAAAGAUAUGUUCUAAUAUUCUAAUUCAGGAUUGCCUUUGACACAAGGGUGGGGUCCACAAAUAAAGGGAUUAACAGGAACAAACGUACCUAAUGAUGAAGACGGCAUGGUUCGGGUCGGAGCUCAGUGCACAAUAGAAAGUCUGAUGAUAAGAACAAAGCUCAUGGCAAAAGAUACAAUUAGGUUGAGUUUUGAAUAUUGGUGAAUUGGUGAAUGAUUGUUGGGUGCAGAACAAAGAUCAUGGCAAAAGAUACAAUUACUUUGUUGGGUCAUUUAGGUUGGAAAAAGGCUCAUGUUUUUGGGCACUCAGCGGGUUAUUAUUGUGUAUUUCUGUCUUUUUUAUUGAGUUUUUGAUUUAGUUAAAAUUCAGGUCACAACCAAUGCAUAUUGUGAGAAAUGAGGCCCUGUGUUUGUCAUUCUUGCUUACCAAAGGGAGCACUGUGAUGCUUGGCAUGUUACCAACCAAAGACAGAAAAUCUGCAGAUAUGUUGUGGAAUGCUGCUGAAUCCCAACCAUGUUUGUGUUGGACAAUGUUAAUUGAUCAAGUUGUGUCCACUGCUUCUCCUGAAAGCAAGAGGUGCCAUUUAUUUCUCUUUGAAAUAUGGAUAUUGUUGAAUGCGACGAAUUCAGAUCCUUGCCAGAAGGUAUUUAACACCUCAUUUCACUUGAGUUUAUGAAUAUCCGUGGUUGCCCAAAAUUAAAGGAGUGUAAGGAGAGAACAGGAGAGGAAUGUGACAAGAUACCACAUAUUCCAAAAAUUGUUUAUUGGAAUGAAGAAGAAGACAUCCUUGAAUUGAUUUAUGUGAAACUUGUGAUUUUUAUCUGAGCGAAAUCAAGAUGUCAACCUUAUUGGUCAUAUUAUCGUUAUCGCGUCUCCACUUUCGUUAAUGCUGGUAUUGAUAUGGUGAUGGUCCUUCAUUUAUGAAAUAGCCGUUUCAUGUAUAAUAAUACAUUUAUGAAAGAGUCGGAGUUUCAUGUUCGAUCAGGGGAAACACCAAUAGCCAGAAUUGGCGACGUUGUUAAGCAAUAUUAGGAAUGAAGUUUGCUGCUGAAGAUUUCAAUUUCCUUUAACUGAUAGCUCUUUGCUGGUUAUGGUUAAUUUCAAG